CUGCUCAACCUCCGGAUUUUUCCUAAGGCGCGCGCGCCCGCGCGGCACUGUCGCUAAGCUACAUCAAAACCCAGCCAAUCUCCAAAGAAAGGAAUUCAGCCCUCUAGCUCCUUUGUCGAUAACCGGCUGACGCCGCCCCAUCGCGAAGGCUGCCCUUACCCACCUUGGCUUUCGACGACGAGCUCACGCUAGCCCGUCGCAUGAGCCCUGCUUGCGACGAGGCGAACAAGAGGCAGAGUGGGAACGGCUGCGACGAUCGACAAGUGGCAGCAGCACUAGCGAAGUGAGAUAUCGAAUUUCUCAACCCCGGAACACUCCCCGAACCCGCGGCUUUGCUGGUAGCUGGCCGAGGCCAGGCUUAGGUGCACCGUCUCUUUGGGCUGAAGAGAGAGAGUGUCAAAGAUGUCAAAGCUACCAAAUCACAGCCUCUGGGCGCGCGCCACGGCCUCGUCGUCGGGGAGGGUCACGCUCUUGGCAAAACACCAUCCGCUCUCAACCUCAUCUUCGGCCUCAUCCUCUGCCCUGACGACGUCAUCUUCGUCGUCGAGAAGACACCGCGAUUCCUUCUCGUCUCUUGAUGCCAUUGCCGAAGCGACGACGCUUGGCGGGCACCCUCCCAGCGUCUCGGUGGAGCAUCUUGCCUCGAUUGGUGCUGUCAGCGCUCCCUUCUACGGGCCCCAGACCGCUGAGGUGACCGAAGCGCUCGAGUCGGCCGCCGCCGCCGCCGUCGCUGCCAACUUCUCUCUCCCUCGCUACGAUACUGCGCCGACGACUUUCUCGUCUUCUUCGAGCAUGCUUCCUCUGUCGAGUAGCAGCUUGCUCAGGAACAUGCAGACGCCUCAGCUCAUCGCGCCCAGACCGCAUCGGGCCGCCCUUCAUCUCUGGUCGCAAGCUCACCAGAAUUCAUCUGCUGCUGUCGCCGCCGCCGCCGCUGCUGCUGCUGCUGCCGCCAAUGCUACCAAGGCUUUGACGGACGCAGCUGAGACUUCUGCUGCUCGAACAUCGUCCAAAGUCGAGCGGCGAAGGCGCGAAAAGGGAAAGAUGAAGGCGCCUGACUCUUCUCUGCCCUCGUCAUCGGACAGAGAGAAGCUUGAAGAGCUCUUUGUCAGCCUCAUGAUGGGGGCUAUGCAGCAAAGUGGCACCAGUGCCGGGACAGGGGCCGGUUCAGCGGGAGGGGCAGAGGCAGGAUCGGGCUGGGCGCCCGCCAAAGACUAUUUCCCGACAUCGUCCAGUGCUGCCGAAGACGUCCUCUUCGCGCCUUCUUCCUCCACUACCACCGCGUCCUCUUCCUCUUCGUCGAGUUCGCCAAGCAAUGGAUCACCUUCGCCUAGUCCCAGCCCAUUCGACACCAACUUUACCUCGAAUGCUCAAGGGCCUGACAUUACGCUCCCUCGUAGCGGCGGCAAUAAGUUGGCGACGACAACGAGUUCAGAGGUAGGCCUCUCUAACUCGCUUUCGUCUUCGAACGGUGCCGAUGGGCCUUCGCUCGUGCAUCAGGCUAGCUCUUCGUCGUCUGGCUCUUCCUCUUCCAGCAGCAAUGGCGCCAACUUGGCCUCAUCGACGGCUGGGAUGGGAUCGUCAUCGCACGGCCAUCAAGCCGGUCAGCCUGGUCUGCCAUCGCAGCACUGGGCUCGGUCUUUUGAACUGCCCAGGAGCUCCAAGCGACAUGACUUCACAUUUGAGCAUGGGGCAUACGGCAUUCCCAAGAGACACCCGCUUAGCUCGAUCCGAAACGGCAAGAAUCCGUCGGCGUCUCAGGGUGCGAAAAGCACCGGCGAAGGAAGAGAAACGCCAGGACAUGAGGAGGUGGCAACAAGCAAGGUGAAGGCGGCCACAAAUAUGCUAUAUGCUGCCGCCGAUUUCUUGGCGGGGCCUCAGACUCCAUCGGCCGAUGGGAAGGGAUCUCGCAUACAUCGCCCAAUGUCGGGCGAGGAUGCGCUCAGCAUGGCAUUGAGUGGAGGAAGUACCGCCGAAGGAAGCGAGGUCCUGUCGUACCAUGCUUACGGCGCGAGGAGGUCGGCCAGUGGGAAAACGAAACAAUCACCGCCGACGGGGUCCCCAAGCAAGAUGGCGAUCCGAGACUCAGACGGUCGCAUCAUCAAAGACCGGUUGCGGAGUGUUCAGGUGGGGGAGGACGCCUACUUUCUCCGCCCAGAUUCGCUGGGCGUCGCAGACGGAGUCGGUGGAUGGGCGUCUCGACCCGGAGCGGAUCCCGCCCUGUUCUCGAGGCUGCUGAUGCAUUUCUGCGCCGUGGAACUCUCGCGCUACGACGGUUUGUCGGCUGCCGAGCUCGCCGCCGACAAUGGCUCAUUGCUGCAUGCGUGGGGCUCUGUUGACCCCGUCGAAGUCAUGCAUCGGGCAUGGGAACGAUGUGUACGGGCAUCUCGACGCGAGGGAAUUUUGGGCUCUUCGACGGCGCUCAUUGCUCUCUUGCGGGGCGAUGAGCUACGAAUUGCAAACGUGGGCGAUUGCGUGCUGCUUAUUAUUCGACAGGGCGAUCUGCUCUUCAGGAGCACAGAGCAGCAGCACAGCUUCAACUUUCCGGUACAGCUCGGCAUGAUGGGUGAUACGACGCAGAGUGUGAAGAAGAGAACCGAAGCAGCGAAUAAAGCGAGAGGAGCGGCGCAGGAAAAGGGGCGAGACUCUUCUUCGGUAAUGGAAGACUAUGAUGAUGUCGAAGACGAGCCGGGCUCGUCGUCGUCCUCAUCGAUCGAUGGAGGUGCGGCAGCGGGCGUCAAGGGUCACGCGGCAGCAGAGGGGGAAGCGGAAGGUGCUGGUGCAGUUGGCGGAGGGGCUGGUCCAACGACGGAGGCUAAAGAAGAGAGCGAUGAACAAGAACCUGAAUGGGACGAGCCGAGGAGAGAUGCGGGAAGGUGGACGGUGCGAGUCGAAGCAGGCGAUAUCAUCGUCGUUGGAUCGGAUGGCUUGAUGGACAAUCUCUUCGACGAGGACAUCAUCGAGGAGGUUCUCCGAUUCUUGCCACAGCAACAGCAAGGCGAUGGCCUGCAAGACUCUACCGUCUCGCCUGCGGAGUCUGCCUUUAGCCCACAGCUCGUGAGCGAGGCGCUGUGCUCAAGGGCCAAGGCCGUCUCAGAGGACGGGAGAGCAAUCUCUUCGCCCUUCCAACAGAGGGCCAUGGAAGAGGGCCUGCACUACGUCGGAGGCAAGCACGACGACAUUUCGGUUCUCGUUUGCCUCGUCGGAGAACGAGAAGAAGGUGGCGGACUGACGACGGGUGCAACGACGCCAGUCAUCGGUGCGCGUGAGGGAGACGGAGUAGCAGAGCGACAAGGUCAGCAAGGGUCAAAGGCUACAUCCUCGGACACUGGGGAAAAGAAGUUGGGUUUGACGUCGCACGCUUCCAGGACCACCUCCGCCGCCUUCGUCUCCGCUUCGUUGUAAAUGACUUUUUUACGAGCUAAGGCUUUCUUCAUCUUUUUCUUUUCAUUCUUAGGCUUAAACGUACUCUAACGACCUUUCCACUCUCAAGCUAUGUCUCUUGCGCAUCGCUUUCAUGUACUUCUAUCGUCCUCCUCUCUUGUUUGAAUCACCAAGAAGUACCGUGUCACCCGAUUCAUCU